UGCCGGUGGCCGCCGUGGAGGAAGGACGCACGCCACUCUCGCUCGCUGCAUCUGGCACCGUGACUACAGUGCCCCCGGCGCUUGGCACUGGUGUACUUGUUGAGCCGCCGCCUCCUCCUCGUCCGGCAGUGCCUCGAGGCUGCUUAUGUCAUGCCAGCCAACACUACCAGUCCCGUGGAAGUUGAGUGCCAGCGUUAAUUUUACCACCUCAAGUGCCAGAAACGUUUGUGUCUUAUGAAUGAAUUAUUCAAAGCUAUGGGAUUUAUUAAAAAUAAACCCUUACUGAUUACUCUGCGUGAUAUGACAUGUAUAAUAACAAGCAACUAACAAGGCAAUUCAGAAAUAAACGUUACAAUGCUAAAAAAAAGGUGCCAUUGAACUUGGAAAAGUUUUGGAAGUGUAAACAUGCACCUCACCUCAAUAAAUGACUUCAGUGGCCAUUAAAUCCCACAAGGAGGGGGAAAAAUUAUAUUUCUAGCCUACAACGUAAUCCCAAAUGGUAAAACAGAUACGCGGGUUCGAUCCCAAUGUAUGACUCCAAUAUUAUAUUGUAGAUAUAUAAAAAUUUUGUGAUUUCAUUGAACAGACAGAAGAGAUUUCAUUGAAGUUUGCGAGACGGGAUGAAGGAAGAACUUUUACACCACGCAAACUGUCAUCUCUGUCAGGGGCUGUACACCCGACAUCUGAAGACGGUGGUUGGGAGUUUGGUGUUGGCUACUCUGCUCACUCUACUUCUCUACACAACCCCCAACACCACCUCCUUCAUACUCUCCACCACCACCACCAGCCUCAGUUUGAGUGUGUUGGGAGGAGAGGACCAGCCCAAGUGUUCACCACACACCCAUAUCAUGUUUCUCAAGACUCACAAGUGUGCCUCUACCACCGUCCAGAAUAUCUUCCUGAGGUACGGAUACACACAUAACCUAACCUUUGCUCUGCCUGCCGCAGACAACUACCUCGGCAACCCAGAAACCUUCAAAGUGAACAUGAUUCCUAAGAAGCUGAUGCCUCUUAAGAAGAAAGUGGACGUGUUCGCCCUUCACACCCGCCUUAACCCGCGGGAACACACUCGGAUCCUCCACAACGACACUCGUUGGAUCACUAUCGUGCGGGAUCCCUCUGCUCUCUACGAAAGCCUAUUCAACUUUUUCCACAUGGACAAUGGUUAUGGUUUUCAGCUAUCAGAGUUCAGCACAAGACCUCUGUCGGAGCUGGCAUCUCUUCCAAGAUAUGGCGGGAAAUUUGGCAAGAACCAGAUGCUUUUUGACUUUGGAUAUUUAGAUGAUUUGUCAGUGACUGAAUUAAGACGUGCUAUUGAGGAACUGGAUAAGCGUUUUGACUUAGUGAUGAUUUCUGAAUACAUGGACGAAUCCCUUGUACUACUGAGGCACCUCUUGUGCUGGAGUCCUCACGACACUGUAGUCUUUGCCAAAAACGCCCGUCGGCAGGAAGUUAAACCCACGUUGAGCCCUGCAACACAACAGGCACUCCGGGAACUAAACAGUGCUGAUGUGUUGCUUUAUAAUCAUUUUCUGGCCAGGCACCGCCAUGCUGUCUUUGAGUUCGGAGUUCAACGCAUGGCAGACGAAGUAGCCGCACUGCGCAGUCUUCGGGAGGAGUACUAUGAGGAUUGUGGCGCCCGCGAAGUCAACGGACGAGAUGCUUCCCUCAGGUUUAAAGAGUACUCAGGAUUGGUCAGUGCCUACGUCACAGCAAAUAAUUCUGACCAAAACUGUAUAAUGUUAUCAAUGCCUGAGCUGCCGCUAGUGGAUACAAUAAGAAGACAUCAGAAGAUGUUACUUAACGUUGAUGAGCUAUCCUAGUAUAACGUCAGAUUUAAAUACAUUAACUCAUUCCAUUUUUGGGAAAAUAUAUACAAACAAAAAACGUUUGAGACGUGAUAUAUAUAAAACAAGUUGAUUGUUCUAAGUCAACAACUCGAUAGAUCUUCCUCUAUUUCUUCACGCACGCUGCUUCCAAAUCUGCAUAUCACAAGUGAUAUAUUUUUAUACUAAUUGUUGGGUGAUGUUAACCUGUUGAACGUGACUACUGUCCUGUGUGUCAGUAUAUAUAGCACCUAAGUGCCUUUUAAUAAUUGUAUUACACAAGGCUUUCAGAGUGUCAUAGCAUUAGCAGUUGAUCUAGUUUGAUGUUGGAUUUAAAGCCUAUCAAACGCAAGGGGAAGAUUGUUGUUUUGGUUCAAUCACAAUAGCUUAUUAUCGAACCCGCAAGUAUACUUAAAACCUGAACGUAGUUCAGUCUUAAAGUAAACUAUCAAGAUCUAUAUGCACCUCUAGGUGUAUGUGAACCUUUAGGUGUAUACCAGCAUUCAUGAUUUGGGUUGGUAGGUUUUGGGGUGAGGUUGGUCUUUGAAGCCUAGCAUCCACGGGAAGGUUAUUAAGCCCACCACAAUAGUUUACUGACUAACCAGCAAGUAUACUUUAGCCCUGACCAUAGAUCAGGAUUAAAGUUUACUCUCAGUGUGUAUACGCCGAGAAGUGGAAUAGUAUAUAUAUAUCCCUUGCGUGUUGAUCUACGAGAGACGGAAAUGAUCCACAAGAUUUUAUGUUAUUAUUGAUUAAAUUGUUUAAUAACUAUAAAA